UGUAGAACUAAACAGACCAUCUACAAAAGAUCAUCUCUGAGACUUCAGUCAUAAACUUCUAAAUUACCAACACACUCCAUCUUCUGUCUAUCAGCGGGGGGGUGGGAGUUCAUGGUAAAGGCAAUCGGCGCACCACUAGGCCUUGUUUCCAUGGAGGCAUACCCGAGGACUCGUUGCGACUGAGGCAUGCCAUUCUUCCUCCCGCUGCUAAAAUGUGCUGCUUAUUCUGACUGAGCUAUUGUGGAGCGCACAAGUGGCCCUCUUUGGAGAAGGGGAUUGGGAAAGAAAGGGUGGGGUCAAGGUUCAAACAAAACGCUCCCAUUGGGACUCCCUUUCUGUUAUCAAAUUUGUUGAGACACAAAAAGAGCUACAGUCUCAUUCCUAAGCACAUCUUGAGGGAGAGAAAGGGAGUUCUAGGAUUCAGCAGUCUUUGUGUCAGAGCUUCAGUUCCUCCAGACCUCCGGGGCCGGGCUCCCAGUCUUCACUCGGCUCCUACGCUGAUUGUUCAGCAGCUCAAUUGUUUCUCAAGCAGCAAACCUUUUCUUCAAGAAGUCCCCUCUCUGCAAAGCUCUAAAGCUCAGUCCCCAAAAUGGAAUCUGCUACAAUGGAGGUGCCCUCUGUGCUGUCUAAUGGGUCAUCAGAGAGCUGUGCAGCAGUGGAUGCAACAGUUGAGAACACACUCUUUGGAUGCUUCUACAUCCUGGUUUUCUUUCUGGCGCUGAACGGUAACAGCCUUGCUCUCUGGAUCUUCUCUCACCAGCGUGGCGCUUCCUCUCCAGCUAACGUCUUCUUGAUUCAUCUGGCUGUGGCAGACUUAUCCUAUGUGAUCAUCCUCCCGCUGAGAGCCACCUACCACCUCACUGGAGGCCACUGGCCCUUUGGCGAGGUACCCUGCAGGGUGGCGGGCUUUUUGUUUUAUGUCAACAUGUACGCCAGCCUGUACUUCCUGGCCUGUGUGGCGGGGGAUCGCUACCUGGCUGUGGUUCACGCAGUGAGGUCGCUAAAGGUUCGUCGUGCUCGCUAUGCUCACAUCAUCAGCUUCUCUUUAUGGGCCCUGGUUACUAUCUCCAUGGCACCACUGCUCAUCACCCACCAGACGGCGGAUGUGGACGGCGUGACAGUGUGUCUGCAGCUGUACAGAGAGAAGGCCUCGCGCAAUGCACUGAUCUCACUGGCUGUGGCCUUUACCCCACCUUUCCUCGCCACCCUGGCCUGUUACCUGCUCAUCAUUUACAGCCUGCAUCGGGGCUCCAGGUUAGAGCCGACCCUCAAGCUGAGGGCCCUGCGCACCAUCGGUCUGGUCAUGCUUAUCUACGUUGUCUGUUUCCUCCCUUAUCAUGUGAGUAGGGCCACUUUCAUCCUGGGCUACAGCCAUCCUGAUGUCUCCUGCCAGACACGCAGGGCCCUGAGCCUGGCCAACCGCCUCACCUCCUCCCUCACCUGCCUGAACGGCGCCAUGGACCCGCUGAUCUACCUGUUUGGAGCCGAGAAGUUCCGUGGCACUCUAAUGCGAUUGUUUUGCAAAGAUCAGGCGGGGCUGUCAGGAACCACCAGCGGAGAGUUAAAGGGAACACACGAGAGCUCUGUGAGUGCCAAGUCGGAGUUUUGAGGAAGAGAAAUUUGAAUUUGAUCUGGAGUGCUGUUUGAUAUAGAAGCAUUUCCAUCACACAACUGAAAUUUGGCCUUUGAAAGACUGAAGAUGACUCAUUCCACAAUGUGGGGGAUGUGCCACUGUAGCCCCCAUAGCUUGAAUUUAAGGCCCAGUUCCAGUGUCCACCCUACGGCCCAUUCACGUGUGUGUGUGUGUGUGUGUGUGUGUGUGUGUGUGUGUGUGUGUGUGUGUGUGUGUGUGUGUGUGUGUGUGUGUGUGUGUGUACAGGAGAUUGCAAUCCCUCCAAAUGCCAUAUGAGGACUGGGACAGCAGUUUGUGAGCUCACGUUAUCUGGACAGGGGUAUCCUGUUCAUAAUCACUCAAACGUGAUGUAAUUAAUUGAUGAGAAAGUUGUUUCCUCCUUUUCAAAAGCAAAAGGAUACCUAUGGAGCAAAUCAACAUAUUUGAAAGUCACUAUCACGCCAUUAUAACACAAAUAAUUAGUGAGUGUAUGCCAUAGAUCAAAAAAUUGAAAAUUCCAUGUUUUGCUUGUGUUCCCUUUUUAUGCUAAAAGAAUUCCACUGUCAUCGCUGUCCGUCAUCCACAAAAUGGGGGUUCCUCCAUGCAAAAUCUGGAUGGUUACAUAAAGUGACCAGAGAACCCUCAAACACUAGCUCUCUCCUUCAAAGUCUGUGAGACUAGGAGGCUCCAGUCGCCUGUGACCUGGACCAGAAGGAAGUUGUUGAGUCGACUGUUUCCACAGAUUCCGAUUUUUGUGUCAAACACCAAUGUUCAAAUAUUUACAUAAACUUUUAAUGCAUAUUUCCUGUCACUAUUUUAUAUCCUAUGCCAAAUGUGAUGGAUACUUGUUAGCUUUUAAUAUUUUUGUGUUCAAGGUGUUUUUAGCCAUGCUAGCAGCGUGGCUCGGUCUGCUGGUCGGUCCACCCCCUUGUACAACUACUAACUACCAGAUGGAUUACCAAAAAAUACAGAGAUCCAUAAUCACUGGAGGAUGAAUUGGAAUUACUUUAGUGACUUCUUCUGUUACUAGCAGGUCUUUGGUUUAUGGUCAAUUUAUUCGCAAAAUGUGUGUUAAGUGCUAAUUAGCUAAUGAUUGCAGAUGUUUGUGGAUGGUAUAUAACUGCCUAAAGCUCAAAGUAUAAGCUGAUUAUAUUGCUGUAAUGAAACAUUGUUUUUAGCCACUAAGCUGAAAGAAUGGUCCACCACUUUGGUCCAGGCUGAAAUAGCUCUUGGUACCGACAUGGCUACCUGCAAAACCAAUGACAUUGCUAUCAGCCUCAGCUGUAUAUAGCUAAUUAGCAAAUGUUAGCAUGCCAAUGGUAAGCAUCAUUCCUGCUAACCAUCAACAUGCUAGCAUUGUUGUUGGGAGCAUGUGAGCAACCUGAUGUUAGCUUUUAGCUCAAGGCACCAGAGAACUGUUAGUAUGGCUGUAGUCUUGAUCUUGUUUUAAUAUAAGUUCACCCACUUACAAAUGUAUUUUACAUGACAUUUUUAAAUUGCUGGAAGACACCAGUAGCAUGUUUACUUUGCUUUUGCUAGACAAAUCUUCACUGUACAUACAUACUUAAUUAUCCAGCUCCUUAACUAUCUAUUCUAUGUGUUUAUAGUUUUGUCCACGUUAUUUUUAUGCUAUUGCACUAUUGCAUGACAAAGUAUUAAUCCUGUUUUACUGUGAGUCAGUUUUACUUGACGUCAUCUGCAGUGAAGUGAUGUUUGAGACAGAAAGACAUGAUUACACAACUUAGAAAAAUGUAAGUUUUAAAUGUAAUUUGUGACUUUGAGUUGUAAAUAAUGAUGCAGUAAACUUGAUCUCCCAUCCUCUGUGCGUGAGAAGAUGUCUUAUCUGAGAUUUAGACCCGCUCUGUGUGAAAGUGGGAAACCUAUUUAUGUAAACCUUCAAACCUAUUUCAAGCGCAGGACUGAAACCUCCGUGGCUGCAGUGACUCGCCUCAGUGUAGUUCUCUUUUUGUAUCAUGUGACCCAUGUUGUGGUUUGUGAGCAGCUUUUUUUCCUCCUCUUAAGACUUCCUGUCCAUCACGUGAACAUGGCAAACCAUUCUAAACUUGUAUUUCCUGAAUGUAUAUAUUUUCAAAAAACAUAGCUCUCCUGA